AUGAAGGGAAGGCAAGACUCGCAGCCACCCAAGAUGGCAAGUUGCUCGCCGGCUUCGUCUCCUCUCAUGUGGGUUCUUUCUCUCUAACAGCAGCAUCUCUGAGUUCUGCGGAUAUUCGUCUGAUCUGUUGUUGUCUUCGUCUGUGUUGAAGGACGGAUCGCGAGUUCGUCAAGCUGCUGUGGGAGAGCGCGGGAAGACCCAGGAAAGGCGGCCCUUACUCCAGCUCUCUCCCGUUCUUCUCCGGCAAGGAUCAGGGGAGAGAAGUCCCCGAGCAUCCGAUGGCCACCAGGGCUGCCGCUAGGCCCGCGGCGGCGGAGGACUCGCCGGCAAGCCACGCGCCACCGUUUGGGCCUCUCCAGGACGACGAACUGGUCGCCUGGCUGAGCUGCCCCAUCGAUGAUUACUGCUCCGAGCUCCUCUCCGACAUCUCCGGCGCCGACGUGGUGUCCUCCACCGAAGCAGCGGCGCCGGCCGCGGCUUCUUCCAGAGCUCCGGCGGGACCCAUGGAGGCCGGCAGGAUGAGCAGCCUAAAGGAGUUGCCGAAGAAGGAAGCCGCAGCCCCCAAGCCUGUCCUCAACUUCUCCAUCUUCUCCAGGCCUCUAAUGGAGUCUUCUUCCCUCAUCAAGCCCGCCGCCGUCAUGAAGGCAAACUCAGAGGUCCUUCCGGCACCGGAGACGGCCUCCGAGCCGGCCAUCGUCUCCUCCUCUCUGUGCUCGCAGAACGGGGCGAGAAAGAGACGCCGGGAGGAAGACGACGAGAUCGAAGACCAGACAGAUGUGAGUAGGGAAGAUAAGACUCAUUUCCAUCACCCUCCGCGGCCAACUCAUGGUCUUCCAGUCUGCUGGUUCCUGGCAGGAGCACGGGGAAGAUGAGUCAACGGAUCGGAGGAGACCCGCCGAUAAGGGGCAGGCUGUGAACAAGAAGAGAAGCCGCUCUGCAGAGAUCCAUAAUCUGUCAGAGAGAGUGAGUCUCCGUGAUCAUCACACGAUGAGCCUUCUAUCUCGUUGAUUUCAUGUCCUCAUUUGGGUUAAAAUCCAGAGGCGAAGAGACCGGAUCAACGAGAAGAUGCGGGCGUUACAGGCACUCGUCCCCAGCUGCAACAAGGUAUCGUAUCUAAACCCAGAACCUCGCAUGCACGUCGAAAUUUGUUUUCGCCAGAUUUAGGGAAAGAAGGCUAAUUUAAUCAAAGUUAUAAACAGAGGGUUAUUUUUUAUGAUUAACGGAUGAAGGCCCGCUUCAAUAAUAUUGUAUUAUUAAGGAUAAUUUCACCCUUAUUAAGCAAAAAAUACUUUAAAUGAGCCAUUCCACUUCUCUCCUCAUCCAUCAAAUAAGUUUUUUCUCAAAUUUCCAUUAAUCUCUUUUAUUUUAUUUUUACAGAAAAUUCCACUAAAACAUAGACUUUCUCUGAUACCAUUUUCUUUAAGUAAAUUAUCCUUGCCUCUACUAUAACAUAAUCUUAAAAAAAAAAAGGUCCUUUCACCAAAAUUCCGUUCAUCUCUUGCAAUUUUCUGUCAGCAAAACUCACCAAAGCUGAGACCGCUCUAAUUAUAUUUUCUUUAAUUAAUCAUAUUCACCUCUGGUGAUCAAAUGACGUCUGUCCUCAAAAUUGCAAUCAUCUCUAGCAAUCUUUUUAAUUUUUUUUGUCUCCCUAUCUUUACUCUGAAAAAUCCCUUUUUCCUAGAUUUAUCGAACCCAUCCAACCAAAAAUCACCCCCAUUAAGCAACUAGUGGGGGAUUAUUCUUAUAAUAUUUUGCUUAGUCAAUCCCUCUUAACCAGGUGGACAGGGCCUCAAUGCUUGACGAGGUCAUCGAGUACCUAAAAUCCCUUCAGAUGCAAGUCCAGGUAUGAAUCGUGACUUUUCUCCCUACUUAUUUAUUUUCCAUUUUCUGUUGUUUCUUUUCUGAUUGAUGAUCAUGAUCAUGGUGAUGGAUGAUGGGUUUUUUAUGGCAGGCCAUGUCGAUGGGCCGAGGGAUGUUCGUGCGGCCGAUGAUGCUUCCCAAUGGAAUGGGCAUGAACAUGAACAUGGGCAUGAUGGGCAUGGGCACGGGCAUGGGCAUGAUUGACAUGCCCAGCUUCCCUAUGAUGUCAUUCUCCCCCAUGCAUGGCCAUCCUCAUGGGCCCAGUGGGAUCCAAAUGAUGAUGCCAGGCUCCAAUGGGCCCCGCAUGGUCGGAAUCAUGCCCGGGCAAGUUGUGCCCAUGUCCAUGUUCCACACCCCCCAUUUCAUCCCCGUGAGGCCACCACCACCGCCACCGUCACCACCGCCACCGCCACCGUUGCCACCGCCAGGUAGCUCCUUGCAAGGAUCGGAUCUGUGCCCUCCAAAUGUUGAUCAGCAUAGAACACCUGGUGGCCAGACCGAGUACAGAUGGUCCAAAGGUGGAGUCUUGCAAGGAGAUCUAGAAGAUCCUUCACUUUGACUUUCGACAGAUGUUCAUCUGGGUGAAUUGAUGUCUGGUGGUGGUUGACUUCCUCCAAGGGGGCAGGGACUGAAGCCGAGCCCAAUAUUUUCCUCUGAACCACUUUUGUGAAAUGCUGUGAAUUCAUGUAAUUACUACGAGUGUGAUCGUUGACCACAGGAAUGUCAACGGGUGGUGUUAGCUUGGAGCCCCACCUAGUUCUUUCAGGGGCUAAUGAUAACAGGCCCAUCGGGCACAUCCCUUUGUCUGGGCUUUGAUAGGGUCCGGCCCAUCUACUGCCAUGUGACCUUCUCGGCCCCACACUUCUCUCUCUCUCUCUCUCUCUCUCUCUCUCUCUCUCCAAGAUAAGUCAUAUAGAGGGCUCAGUUGGGUUAACAUAGCCUGGGUCUGGGCUUCUCUCCAAAUUCGGGCUAUGUAUGUCCCUUGGGGAAGUUGGGCUACCCACUUGACAGAACAACCGUUGUAGAAAUAAUAGAAAUCAGAUCAUAAAUCCAGGAAGGCACAAGAAUUGAGUGAGGAAAGGGAUAGAAAUCAGGAUCGAAGGAAUGAAUCCACAAGUCAUGAAUUUUUCCAGUGA